UUACAUGAAUAUACAUUGAUAUAUUAUAAUAAUAUAUACAAAGUUAGCAGCUGCGUUAAAAUAUCUCCAUUUGUAAAUAUUAUAUCUAGUGUAAAUCAUUUAAAAAAGGGUGAUAAUAACAAUAAACCAAACACUAUCAACCUAAUCUCUACAAUCAUAGUGUUUGUUUAAAAAUAAAGAUAUCACCUUUAUUAACAUCAAUAUAUAAAUAUACAUAAAAUAUAUAAGCUCCAAGUCUGCAGACAUCAACAUUGACACAAUUUUCUCAAGUGUUCUCGAACUAACAGCCAACUUGUUGACAAAAUAUCAACAGAUAUAUAAUAAUUAACAGUUAUAUAUUUAUUCUUGUAUAAUAAUUAAUUAAUAGAUUGCAAAUUAUUUGCAAUAGUGAUUUAUGAUAUUUCUAAGGAUGUCAACUCCGAUAGAGUUAUUGUGGAAACAAGCGGUUAAAACAUUUUCUGGUUGUGAAUCACUAGGUUAUAAGAUGUGUAAAAACAAUUUUGAUAAACUUAAUGGCAUGAUAAAUAAUAUAAGAGCUGAAGAUGUUUGCGUUGAUAAACGAACACUUGAUCAUGUUGAAAAUGAUGAUGCGCCGAUGUGUGUUAUUGAUAUUUUUGAAAACAACGAUAUUACAAUAGCUAUUUUUUUAUUGAAACAUGGUCAAACAUUACCAAUGCAUGAUCAUCCUGGUAUGCAUGGUUUAUUAAAGGUAAUUUGUGGUACAGUCAAAAUAGACAGCUACACACCAAUAAAGCCAACUGAAAAUUUAUCAAACUGCACUGAAGUAUUGGCAUUGAAACAUCCGUCAAAAAUAGUUGGGAAAAAUGAUCCAGCAUGUGUGUUAUUACCCCACGAACAAAACCUACAUGAGAUAACGUGUAUCGAAGGCCCAGUAGCGUUUCUAGAUGUUCUGAGUCCUUCCUACAACGUGUCGUCUAACCGCUCAUGCACAUUUUUUAAACAAGUACCAGAUGGAUCAACAUCGCCGCUUUCGUCUCCAACCUCGAGCUCAUCUUCGUCAUCGACAAAAUCAAGUGAUGACUUACCAGCAAAAGUAAAAUUAUUAGUCACAGAACAACCUCCAGAUUUUUACUCCACGAGUCUUAAGUAUCUGGGACCACCUCUGAGGUGAUCUUGUUUAAAAUUUUCUCACUGUUAAUAGUACCCAUAGACUCCAAAGCAAUUCGUAAAUUUGUGUAUACAUAUAAUUUUUAUAAACUAUUUUUUAUUGACGUUAGUUUUCAAACAAUCUGAGCACUUUUUGUUUAGUUGUUAAUUAAUCACGUACAAAAAUAAUCAUUUAAUUUAAUAAUUAAUAGAUUAAUAGACAUCACAUUUUGUAAUUAAUUUAGUUUAAAAGUCAGUACUUUGUUAUAUAGUACAAAUACAAUUUAGCAAUAAAAAUAUAAAUAAACUUAUAAUAAUAAAAUAAAGUAACUGACGAACAAUUAAAUUUUUAAUAGCUCAUACACCGGUGAUUUAUAUUUUUUUAACGAGUGUAAUUUAAUAAGAGCAUUAAAGUUUGCAGUCGUUAAGUCAAAGAAAUAAGUAAAAAAUAAUUCAAAUAAUUAAAUUUUUCAAUACAUUUUAAAUAAUCCAAAAUAUAUUCACCAAAGGAUACAUCAGAAUAUAAAUAUAUAUAUAUAAUAUUUAUUAAUAAUUAUCAAUAGAGUUUAAAAUAAAAAGACACCAAGUACUUAAUGUUAAAAAUAUUCUGGGCCAAUUAAAUAUUUAACGCAAUCUUGAUAUUUCGAUGUAAGUUUUUAUGAUCCUGGAGUUAGUAGACAAUUAAAAAUUUUCGCAUUUUUUUUUUUUUCACAAAUUAAUUAUAUAA